AUGGUGCCAUUUGUUACCAUCCGAAACUCCCGAGGCAUUCCAUCGGCCAUCGCAGCCGUCCGAUUUGCCGCCCGGACAGCAUCCACGACCCCCGUCGCCUUUUCGCCAAAGUUCGCCACCAGCUCUGUUACUGGCAGUCCAUCAUCGCGAACGACUGUUACAACAAUGGCCGGUGGCGGGCGGAAACCCGCUGCUCCACGUACAAACUCCGAGGCACCGCACAGCACCGGUCUUCGCCGCUCCACGCGGGCAGCAGCAGCAGCUUCCGCCGCAGCCGCUCGUUCCGGCGACGACCCCGCCGUUGACGACGCCGCGAUUGGCGCUGCGACUGGCGGAAAAAGCGCGGAGGCGGAAGCCGCGGGAAAAGGGCGCGCGGGGAAAGCGGGGGUCAAGCGCGCGAGAGAGGUACCCAGCGGGAGCGGGAAGGGGGAAGCGGGAAAGGGCGCGGUUGGGGGAGGUUGGACGGGGGGGAGGGCGCGGUCAGUGGGAAGAGGGGGCGUGGCAGCAGGGGGAAAAGGGAAAAGGGGAAAAGCCGCAGCGCUGAGCGAGGAAGAAGAGGAGGAGGAGGAGGAGGAGGAGGAAGAGGAGGAGGAGGAAGUGGAGGAGAAGGGGAAGAAGAAAGGCGGGAAGAGGGGAAGACCCGCGGGCCCACGUGGCCAGCAGGCCAAGGGGAGCAAGCCAGUAGAAUCAGGACACGUGGAGUCACAGGAACCAGCGUCACAACCUUUAGAGUCACAGCCGUUAGAGUCACAGGAAGAAAAAGAAUCCGUCCCCGAAGGGCAGGUGAAAAAAGGCCGGGGUAAGGCCGGGCCGCAAAAAGCCGGGCAGCGAAAAAAACCCGGGCAGCUGACGAAAAAAGAGCAGAUGGAGAUCGCCAAACGAAUGGAGGCAGAUGCCGAAGCUAGUGAGGAGCCUUGGAAGGUUCUGGUUCACCGAAAGCUGCAACCUGAUUGGUUCCCGUAUGAUCCCAAGACGAUGCGGAAAGCUGACGUGGAUGGGGAGGGGAGUGAGCUGGCAAGGGGGGGAGGGGAGGAAGGGGAGAAGGGAGGAGGAGGGAAGAAGGUAUGGCGUCUGGUGUCUUGGAAUGUGAAUGGGUUGAGAGCGUUGCUUAAAGGGGAGGAGGGGGAAUCGCAGGAUCCAGCUGGCGAGUCGCAGGAUCAGGAGGUUACGCUGGCUGCUGACGUGGCUGCUGACGUGGCAGCUGACGUGUCUGCUGACGUGGCAGCAGAGGCGACCGUGCUGUGCCGAUUGGCCGAGAGGGAGCGUGCUGACGUGGUGUGCCUGCAGGAGACGAAGCUCCAGGAGAAAGACGUGGGGGAGAUUCAGAGGGCUCUGUCUCCCACCUUUCCCCUCUCCUAUUGGAGCUGUAGCACUGCCAAGCUUGGCACUGCCAAGCUUGGGUACUCUGGCACUGCAGUGCUGUCUAAGGUGCCCCCUCUCUCAGUGCGCUACGGCAUUGACAAGCCAGAGCACGAAAAGGAGGGGCGCGUGGUGACGGUUGCGUCGACUGUCUUUACAUGUGCCAAGCCCUCCCCCCACACCGUUCAGGUACCUCCACUCUCAGUGCGGUACGGCAUUGGAAAGCCACAGCAUGACAAAGAGGGGCGAGUGGUGACGGUGGGAUUCGCCCCCUUCUUUCUCGUCUGCUGCUACACGCCCAACUCUUCACGCUCCACUCCCUCCCCACCCUCUGCUCUGCAGGUGCUCCCUCUCUCAGUGCGCUACGGCAUGGAGAAGCCACAGCAUGACAAGGAGAGGCGCGUGGUGCCCCCUCUCUCAGUGCGCUAUGGCAUGGACAAGCCAGGGCACGACAAGGAGAGGCGCGUGGUGACGGUACCACCUGUCUCAGUGCGGUAUGGCAUCAACAAGCCAGAGCACGACAAGGAGGGGCGCGUGGUGAUGGUUGUGUCGACUGUCUAUACAUGUAUGUACCAUGCCUUUCCCCACCCUGUUCAGGUGUCCCCUCUCUCAGUGCGGUAUGGCAUUGGCAAGCCAGAGCACGACAAGGAGGGGCGCGUGGUGACGGUGGAAUUCGCCCCUUUCUUCCUCGUGUGCUGCUACACUCCCAACUCCUCUGAGAAGCUAGUCCGGCUGGUGAGUAAACAAGGGAAGUCAACGAUAGUCAACGUCAGUCAAGGCUAG